CCAAGACUGCUAACACGGAAGCAGCACGGUGCACGAAGUAGUAGCACGAAGUCUACAACAAAAGGCAUCAUUACUUGCUUUUAAAGCUUUCAGGCUUGGAUCCAGGGUUCUUUGCCUGCCUUUUUUUUUUUUCUGGAACUCAUCAGUUACCAUUAUCGUGGCUGCAUCCCCCGUUUAGAGAUUUAGAGAUGGACUAUGUUUUGGACCUAGGAUUAGGGAUAAGGACCACUUCCAGCUUUUUGUGAAACCAAGAAGUGAUCUUAAAGUCUGCAGGUGCCUCCAUUCUCUGUCAACAGUGCCACCCACUUAACAACCAUGUCUGACGGUCGCAUCUAUGUGGGGAAUCUUCCCAUGGAUGUCCAGGAGAGAGACAUUGAGGAUCUCUUCUUCAAAUAUGGAAAAAUUCGUGAAAUUGAAUUGAAGAACAAUAGAGGAACCGUCCCUUUUGCCUUCAUCCGAUUUGAAGACCCACGGGAUGCAGAUGAUGCUGUCUAUGGAAGGAAUGGAUAUGGAUAUGGGAACUCUAAGCUGCGUGUGGAGUAUCCUCGAUCCUCUAAUAAAUCUGGACCAAUGGGAGGAGGAGGUGGUGGAGGAGGACCAAGAGGAAGGUUUGGACCACCAACUCGAAGAUCUGAAUUUCGGGUCAUAGUGACUGGGUUGCCCCCAACUGGGAGCUGGCAGGAUCUGAAGGAUCACAUGCGAGAAGCGGGAGAUGUUUGUUUUGCGGAUGUGCAGCGAGAUGGAGAGGGUGUGGUGGAAUUUCUCCGUAGAGAGGACAUGGAGUAUGCUUUACGCAGAUUGGAUCGGACUGAGUUCCGUUCACAUCAAGGUGAGACCUCUUAUAUCCGUGUCUAUGAGGAGAGAGGUGCCUCCAGCUGGGGUCGCUCACGUUCCCGUUCCAGAUCCAGAGGUCGCUAUUCUCCACCCUUCUAUAAUAGAGGAUCUCCCCCUAUGCGCUAUCCGUCACCACCACGCCAUGCCAUGUCUCGGCAUAGCCCGCCACCCAGGAGGCACCCUCCACAGCACCAUAGCCCACCACGUCAUUACCGAUAGAAAGGCUGGUCAUACAUUUACAGAGGAGUUGGAAGGAAUGUUUUGUAAUUCUGCAUUUUAUCUUUUUUUUUUAUUAUUAUUUUUCUUCCCCUAAACCUUCGGCCCCUUUGUAAACAUGACACUUGGUCAUCUCUUGAUAGAUACAUUCCAUAGUCGGGAACCCCUAAUAGCCUGCACCACGUCACAGCCUUAAAUGUUAUUUUUGUCAGUUUUUUUUAAACACUCAGGGGUUACCUGGAAGCAGGAUUGGUGAUUUCUUUUUUAUUUCCAUCAGUGUCUUGUCGUCUUGGAGGUUUCUUUUAUAAAGAAGUCCUUAAAUUAACAGGAUUUAACAUAAGUGACUCCAAAUCAUGUGGAAAACAACCCACACAUCCCAAUCUGCAGCUGUCAGGAUGAACAUAAUUUGGCUUCUUUAUUUGUCACAUUUAGUUAACUUUAAUAAUUUGCCAAUUUAAGAACCCGUGAAACUAACCAAUAUUUUAAAAUCGUAAAACCUUUUUACUGUAGACUGAGCCUCAUCUUUCUUUUUUCCUUUCUUUCUUUAAUGUGUGAACCAUUGAUCGAGGUGGCCUCUGGGAGAUGGUAAUUUGUGUUCAUGUUUUUCUUUACCAAUAAACUUUUACUGUGAUAGUA